AUGAAGAUUAUGAAGAUACAGAAGUAUCUGGAGAAACCUGCAAGUUCUAUUCCUGCCAGCAAAGAGUCCGGAGAAAGUGUUGAAAGGAGGGAGCAAAAGAAGGAGAGGGCUCUUUUCCACCAGCAGAGGGCAGCCGAAGGGAAGGCAGGGCUGAGGGAGCGAGGCAGCCGAGGCAGCAGCCCGAGCGAGGCAGGCUGGAGAGAAUCAAGAGACUGGGUUCUGCUCGGCUCGCUCCAUCGGCAGCGGGAGCAGCGGCAGAAACGCGGCGGAGGCGGCGGGAGCCCGAGAGAGCAGGGCAGCGAGCCUCGGCUCCCUUCUGACUUUGUUUCUUCUGCCUUCCCCUUCGGUGAGCCUGGAGCUCCGCUCCCCCACCGACCACGUCCUCCAAGCAUGGAAGGCGCUGGGAAGCCCAACUCCUCGUCCAGCAGUCGGGACGACGGCAAUAGCGUCUUCCCCGUGAAGCCCCCCUCCUCGGGGGCUGGGGUCACCGCGGCCGCUGCAGAGAAGAACCUGGGCAGCCCCCCGGGGGGCGGCGGCGGGGGCAACACCAAGGAGCAUGGCAACUCCGUGUGCUUCAAGGUGGACGGGGGCAGCAGCGGCAGCGCGGGCGCCGGCGGCGAGGAGCCCGUGGUGGGCUUUGAGGAUGCCGAGGGACCCCGGCGGCAGUACGGCUUCAUGCAAAGGCAGUUCACCUCUAUGCUGCAGCCGGGCGUCAACAAAUUCUCCCUCCGCAUGUUCGGCAGCCAGAAGGCGGUGGAGAAGGAGCAGGAAAGGGUUAAAACUGCAGGUUUCUGGAUUAUCCACCCUUAUAGUGAUUUCAGGUUUUACUGGGAUUUAAUAAUGCUUAUAAUGAUGGUUGGAAAUCUUGUCAUCAUACCGGUUGGCAUCACAUUCUUUACAGAGCAAACAACAACUCCAUGGAUUAUUUUCAAUGUGGCAUCAGACACUGUUUUCCUGUUGGACUUGAUAAUGAAUUUUAGGACUGGGACUGUCAAUGAAGACAGUUCGGAAAUCAUCCUGGACCCUAAAGUUAUCAAGAUGAAUUAUUUAAAAAGUUGGUUUGUUGUUGACUUCAUCUCAUCGAUACCAGUGGAUUAUAUCUUUCUCAUAGUAGAAAAAGGAAUGGACUCUGAAGUUUACAAGACUGCCAGAGCUCUUCGAAUUGUGAGGUUUACAAAAAUUCUCAGUCUCUUACGUUUACUACGACUUUCAAGGUUAAUUAGAUAUAUACAUCAGUGGGAAGAGAUAUAA